GACCAAAUGGGGCCCCGAUUCAUCAAGCAUUUCUGCAACUGUAAAAAAGCAAGAAGGGGAAGAAAGGAGCGUCUCUACUUUUUGUGGGUUGAAUCUGCUGGUUUGGUGACUUUCCUGCGACAAAAAAUGGCUGAGAAUCUCUUUGAAGGAUUACCACCUCCUUCGCACCGUCAUGAACAGCAAGACCAUCAACGAAGUCAAUCUCCUCAAAGGGAAACGACGACGAUCAAACAAUCACCUCCCGUUCCACUUCCAAAGCCAGCUCUCAAGAGUGCCAUGAAGCGUCCCAAACCUCCAGAAUCAAACCCUGAACCAGGAGAUAAGAAAAACCCUUCGGUGCCACCUGAAAAGCGUUUGAGGUUUAAAACAACAACAGAUGCUUCAGAAAAGCAAGUUAUAGAGGCCAUGCAGAAGAUAACAUCACACAUCAAGAACCCUGCAAAAUUUGGAAAGGCUUCAAAGCUUGCUAUCCAGUUGAUUCAGGCUGGAAGUGUAAAGCCAGGAACUAGUGAUCACUUUUUUGCCAUCCUAGAGGCUGCUAUGUCAUCACCCACUUCUUGCACAGAUCCUUCAGUUCGAGCAGACUAUCAUGCAUUGUUCUUGGCUGCACAAGAUGCUGCUGAUUGUCUCAAUAAGAAGCAGAAGAAUCUAUUAACGACAUGGACAAUUAGGGCAGUGGUGGCAAAUGACUUGCUAACUGAUGACAGCUUUUUGUUCUCUAAGACAGCCGGACGAAUAAAGGAGGCCAUAUCAGAUCUUCCAGUUUCAACUGAGAAUGAUGACAUAGAGGAAGCUGCAGCCCUCGAAGAAGAAGCAGAAAUGGGUAGCAAAGAUGAUCAACAGAAACAGAAUUCGCCUGUAGUUGAAUCAAGUGAAGAAAGUAAGAUGGAGUCUGAUCCAUUUGGGCUUGAUGCACUGAUUCCUAGCACAGUGAAGAAAGAUGACCGGAGUAAGGGAAAGAAAGAUGACCCAGCCAAAAUUCGAAAGGAGGAUGAUAUGGAGAACAAGAGAUUUCUCAAGUCACAAAGAGAAGCCUUGAUUACUUGUUUGGAGAUUGCUGCUCGACGUUAUAAAACUCCAUGGUAAGAGUUGUAAUUUACACAUAGUUCUUCU